AUGUACUGCCUCCAAUGGCUGAUACCGGUGCUUCUGAUUCCGAAGCACUGGAUUCAUCCAAUCUUCCUAGUGGAACAGGCGCUGUUUAUGUGGUUCUAUAUCGUCGGUUUCUUCCUUGAAAGACGACCAUGUCACAUAUGUUCUGGAAUCUUCUUCAUCGCUCUCGCCCUCAUCUGCUACUCAGAUCCAGACAGCUGCAUUUUCUGGCCAACUUGCACAAAGAAGCUCAACGGUGAAGUGUGCAACUACGUCUAUCGUGAUCGUGUUCUUCCAUAA